AUGACCCGACAUUCUUUCACUUGUAAUGCUGCUAAUCUAGACUCUACAUCCCUUGACCAUGUUAUGCACCGAUCAUAUCCUGCAGCCAAUACUAUUUUAGACACUUUUGGUCAGCACUAUAGCCGCCCUAGCUCUGCUUCUGGUAGAAUAGCUCAGGCCGACAAAGAUGACAAUAUACCCCUUGCUGAUGUCAAACAUGGAACUGUCAAUACAUGGAGGGCAAAAACUACCCAACAUGCUGAGGAUGAUAUCCUUCCUAGCAUGGAGAAGUGGCAAGGGGAUCCCCAUCAAUAUUAUCCAAAUACUGCCCCGCAGCGAUUUGAGGGGUGGCAUGGUCCUCCUAUGAAUGGCCCAUCUGGUGGUUGGUAUGGGGGACGUCCUCGAGGUCCUGCUUUUGGGGCUCAUGUCCCUCCUGGUGGCUUUCCGAUGGAACCAUUUCCUUAUUAUCGACCUCAAAUUCCGCCUCCACCUUUGGCAGGUUCACAGCCAGCUCUGCAGCCGGGUCCUCGAGGACCCCACCCUAAAAAUGGGGAUUUAUACAGGCCACAGAUGCAUGAGGCCUACCCUCGACCAGGUAUGCAGUUUAGGCCUAAUUUCUACCCAGGACCCCCAGGUCCCAUGUGCUUUGAGGGUUACUAUGGGCCACCUAUGGGCUAUUGCAACAAUGAACGUGAUAUGCCUUAUAUGGGCAUGCCAACAGGCCCCCAUGUUUAUAAUGGUUACCCAGCCCCUGCUCCCGAUAGAAGCAAUUCUCAAGGUCGAGCUACAGCGCAUGGCCCUAAUGGAAAAACAAUGCCAGAACAAGUGGAUGUGAACACCCAUAAUGAGUCUGAGCAGGAGGAAGGAGAUCAUUGGGAACAACAUGUGCCACCUAAUAUUUCACAUCAUGGGGAUAUUCGGUUUCCCACAUCUUCUCAAAAGACUGAGUGGGGUGCGGAAGAGGUUGCAGAAGAAUCUGUAUCCACCAGGAGGAUGGCACCAAAUCAGAACCCUUCCAACAGUCGUGGAAAUAGAAUUCAUUCAGCAAACCACAUAAAAGUGAAGGCAUUUGAGGGAAUGUCCAAUACUAAAGGACUUGAUGAUAACUGGACAAAUAGAUCUGAAAUUCCACCUUCUUUUCCUUCUGUUGUGCCUCAGUUAACUGUUUCUAGUGAGAGAGAUACUGUACCAGAUACAACAAAAAAUGCGGCACUGCUACAUAAAAGUGAUGGCUUAAAUGCAAAAUUUCGUGUUUCUGAUGGAUCGAGUGAUUCCAUGAAUGCUGAUAUUAGGGAACAAGAAAAGACUGGGGCUCAAACAGUUGAUUUGAAAGUUAUUAAUUGCACCAGGGAAGUUGGUAAUGCUGCAGCUGCUGUGGCUUCUCAUAGGAUUACUGUUUCCAGAAACUUUGCUGCCCCCGAUGAAGUGACUGUUCCUGUUGGUGAUAAUCCAUUGCACCCGAUUGCUGUCAUCCCUAGGAGAUCAUAUCAAGGUGGGCAUCCUAGAGUUGAUCAUCGUGGUAAAGGAAAGUUCAAUAGCCAGGAAACUGAAACUGAUGGAUGGCGGAGGAAGCCUCUCAGUAAUGAUUCCUCAGAGGCAGUUAUAGCUUCAAACAAUGAAUCUACCCCACAUAUUCAUUUUCGUGGCCCUAAUAUUGUUGGGGAGGCUUAUGAGAAUUCUACGAUGGAUCUGGUAGGAAAUGCUGAAGGCGAUUUGGCUGAAGUAUGCGAUUCUGCUGAUAUUGCACAGCGUGCCAAGAUGAAAGAGUUAGCCAAGCAACGCUACCUGCAACUGCAGAAGGAAGAGGAAGAGCGAGUAAGGGAGCAGAAGGCCAAGGCUCUUGCUAAACUAGAAGAAUUGGACCGCCGAAAACUAUCAGGUGAAGCUUCAAACCAGAAGGCUGAAAGAACUCCGGUCAUUGGUGACUUCGUGGUGGAACAUCAAGAAGUGCAUACAGUUAUAGGCACUGUGAUUGCUGAACUCAAGACUAAUGAAUCUGGCUUUAACUUAGUUUUGUGUCCUGCUGUUACUUCUGCGGGGACUGAUAGCAACACAAAUCAGGCUGGAGAUUCGACUGAAGUGUCGAGGGACUUGCACAUGCGGAUACAACAAAAAGGUUUAGUGGAAUCUAAUGUGGCUCCUUUGUCUAGAAUUGAAGACUCUGAGGAUGGAAGUACUAAAAUAGUAGUAUCACAACCAGAUGAUAGAGGAAACUCCAGACACAAGCGAGCAGGCUACAAACAGAAGCAGAAUAAUGUGUCGCAGAAAGCUGUAUAUAGCCCUACAUUUGAGGUGCAUAAAGAUCAUGCUCUUGCAGCUGUUGCUGAUAUGCAUGAGCCUCCAUCAAGUGACUCAAAUGUGCUGAGCACAUCCAAUACCGUGGUUGAGCCAUCAUCCCAACAGAGAAAGAGAAUCAAUCGGAGUAAUAAAACUAAACCCAAACCCGAAGAAAUACAUAGCCUUUCUGCUUUACCACCAGUGGCAUCUAACAUUACUCAUGCAGAUGAGUCACUUGACAAUGGUGGAUCUAAUGAUUUGGUGUCAAAUUUGGGUGUGCCAAUCUCAGCAGUGCAUGAGCUUGAUACAGCAGUGCACACUCGGGAGCACUCUUCUCUACCCAGUGAGGAAUCCCGGAGCAAAGUAUCGAGUCAAUGGAAACCAAAUCGCAGAAUUCCCAAAAAUCAACAGGGCCAUAGAUUUACAGACAAGUAUAGUGAUACCGUUGUUUGGGCUCCUAAGGCUAAGGGUUCAGAAGAAGUGAGUCAAAAGACUCAAAACUCUCUGCAGGAAUCUGCUGAUUCAGUGAAGAGUAGUAAUGUGGCACAGAAUAGUUCGAAAGGCAAGAGGGCUGAAAUGGAGAGAUAUGUUCCAAAACCGCAGCUGGCUCAGCAAGGAAAUUCUCCGCCUUUGUCAUCCUCAGUUAGUUCAUCUAGAUCAACUGAGGAUGCUUCUGGGGAACAAUCGGGGUCAGCUAUUUUUGCAAAUGUCAGGUCUAACUUGGAGAUGAAUGUGGGGGAUAGCAGCCAUAGCAAGAACAAAAAAGAUCACGGGAGUUUGAGACAACGUGGUUUGAUAGAUUCAUCCGAGAUGAAGAGCGUGCCUACUGGUCCAACAGAUACUUCUCAAGUGAAGGCUGCCCGUUCUGUGCAAUCUGAGCUUGUGCAUUUUGGGAGAAGUGAAUCAAAUAGAGUGAAUUCUGAAUUUAAAAUCUCUGGUGACAACUAUAUGUCUGCAGAUUCAACCUCAGCUGCCGUGAGCAAACAUCCUUUAGUGAAAGAUCAGGGUGCAACAGGCAGAGGAAAGAGACAUCCGAUAAGGGGUCCAAGAAGCAGUGGAAAUAAUCCUGAUCUUGAGAACACUUUACAUGGUGAAGUUGAUGGAAGUUUGUCUUCAGUACCGGAUGUGAACCAGAUGGAUAAAUCUAUUAUUUCAAAAGAAAAUCGUAGCUUUGGAGAGCGAACAUCCUCUCAUUGGCAGCCCAAGUCCAGCCCAAGUUCUGCUAAUCAUCAAGGAAAUAGAAAUGGUGGAAGUGAAUACACUACAUUGGAAACUAAUAGGGUUCCAAGGAAGAGUGCUCCUCCGCAUAAGAUGCAAACAUCGCUCCAACAGGAUAGGGAGAGUAGCAACUCUAGCCAGCCUCAGCUUCGGCCAGGCCAAUCUGUUAACGUCAGAAGUAAUGUGGCUGGUGAUUCAGUUGCUCAUCGCCUUCAAGACUUUGACAGAGAAAAGAAGCUUGCUAUAGUAAAAGGACGUGCUUACUCCCCAAACCAAGAUCUAGUUGGCACUGGCGAAUCAUCUCUUACUAACACAGAUGAUCUGCUUGAGCACAAUGCCACGUCAGGAUCAAGGAGAACUGGAAGGCAAAACAGUCGGCCUGUUAGAGGCCAUGAAUCCCAUGGAGAAUGGUCUUCAGAGCAUGAAAACAGGUCACAUAAUGCCCCAGCAUUCCAGGACAGGCAGAGGCAGAAUGUGCACUUGGAGUACCAGCCUGUUGGACCUUUCAAGGCUCACAAACCUGAAAAUGUGGAGGAGCUAGCAGAUGGAGGAGGCGAUAAUGAGGACCAAAGGCACAGGGAAAGAAGCCAGAGUCACUCCAAAUGUGGAGGAAACUACUACAGGAGAUAAAAGUGUCUCAUUUCACGUAACCUGGUCAGGAGAUUCUGGGAUUUACAAGAUAAUCUUCCAAUUUGUUGCCUUUGCUUGAUUAGGUAUCUUCAUCCUAGGUAUGCAUCUACAUUUUCUGUUCUCGUGAUAAAUAGAACGGUAGUUUAUCUGUUAACUGGUGGCAUGUGCGUUGAGCAGCAGGAUUAGAGGCCAGGUUAGGGCACACCUUUGCGGGAUGUGGUAUGUUAGAUCGAGGAAAUGAGACACGAUAACCCAUUUAAAAAUUGUAACUGGUGCGCGAUACACUGCAAUGUGACGUAUUUUCAAAUGCAGCAUUUUG